CUCCAGCGGCGCACUCAGCGACGGAGGCCAACAAAGCACAACUCGGAAAUCAUUUGGAUACAUUUGAAAACAAUCACUGGCUAUGGCGGCAAUCAGGAAAAAGUUGGUCAUAGUGGGAGAUGGUGCAUGUGGAAAGACCUGCCUGCUGAUUGUGUUCAGCAAGGACCAGUUUCCCGAGGUUUACGUGCCCACUGUGUUUGAGAACUACGUGGCAGACAUUGAAGUGGACAGCAAACAGGUGGAGUUAGCGCUGUGGGACACAGCAGGUCAGGAAGACUACGACCGACUGCGUCCACUUUCAUAUCCAGACACCGAUGUCAUUCUCAUGUGCUUCUCCAUUGACAGUCCCGACAGUCUCGAGAACAUCCCAGAGAAGUGGACUCCAGAGGUGAAACACUUCUGCCCCAACGUUCCCAUUAUUCUGGUGGGAAACAAAAAGGACCUGCGCAACGAUGAGCACACCCGCAGGGAGCUCGCCAAAAUGAAGCAGGAACCCGUGAAGCAGGAGGACGGACGGGACAUGGCCAACAGGAUCGGUGCCUUUGGAUACAUGGAGUGCUCAGCCAAAACAAAGGAUGGUGUGAGGGAAGUCUUUGAGAUGGCCACCAGGGCGGCACUACAGGCCCGGCGAGGAAAGAAGAGCAAUAAAUGCACCCUCCUGUGAAAACGGCUGACACGGAACUGCUUCCAGUUUGGGGGGAAAAAGAAGCAGAGGGUAAAAAAAAUCCCCCCGCCCUCCCCCCUCAAAAAAAAAAACCCACACAAGACUGUUCUCUCACCAGUUUUUACAAAAAGUGCAAGGCUUUUACUUGUUUUUCUUUCUUUCUUGUCUUAAGAUGAAGUAGGCUCUGUCAGUAUUGGAAAUCUUUUUUUGUAUUAAAGCAUCAGUCAAUCAGCCAUAACGAAACUUCCAGUAUCAGCACGUAGUGUCAUGAGAAGUCAGAAGACCUGCCAACUCCAGUCAAGUGCUGAAGCCCUGCCUGCUGACCCAACGAAUGUUUCCACAGCUAACUAGGGUAAGAGUACCUGAUCACUGUGACUUCUUCGACAAGCUAACGCACACGCCAAGUCAACGUUUUGUUUGGUGCGCUCCAUUGACGUGCAUCGUGACAAACUUACACGAUAUGAGACUGGAAACUCAAUUUUGUUAACACGCAAAUGGAAACUUAGUGUUUUGUGUAAUAAAUUACUUUGUAAGAA